CCCCCUGCAACUGGGGACCACUGAGAACACACAGUGGAAACAUCCCUGUCGACACUCCAGCCGACAUCCAGCAGACAUUUUAAAUCGCCUCAGGAACGCCAUGCAUCCAGUAUAAUGUCAGCGGAAGUCGCGAUCCAGAAGUUCUCCUUCCCGUUCGCCUCUGCUGCGCGCCUUUCUCAGCAAGAUGAGGUCCCUCAGAAAGGAUGCAAUCAGGUGAAAGCCUCAGAGUUUCAGGAGCUUAAAAAGAACCCGACCUUAAUCGCACCGAGCCCCGCUGCCGUUAUAGGUGCUCUGGUGCAUAACGAGAAGCAGCAGGCUCAGGAGAGUCCGGAGCGUCCUCCUGGGGUGGCGGCUGCACAGGUCCUGGUGCGCGCCGAGGCCUCGCAGAGCGCCGUGGUCUCCAGGCGAACCGUGUUCGAGAAACUCAGCGUGGAGAGCGAGGAUCAACGUCCCGCGACAAAGAGGCAGCUGUCCUCCGAGAGUGCGGCUCGGACCAUCACGGCAGUGAAGAAGAGCGCAGUGAGGAAAGAGGCGGAUGAACAAAGACAGCUGCAGCAGAAACAAUCGGGGAAGAGGGUGACGCCGUGCGCCGCUGUGGUGGGGAAGAGGAAGCGGCGAAAGGACCUCUUCGCCAACUCAGAGGUCUUCCACAGGGUGGACUCGCAUGUCAUCAGGGCUGGGGCGGAGUUGAAGGAAAAGCGAGUGUACGACGUGAAGACGAUAGUACAAAGCAUCACGCAGGGAGCCAGGAAUGAGCUGGAGAAACUUCGCGCCGUCUGGCUCUGGCUGUGCCACAACAUCGAGUACGACGUGAGCGGUUACCUCGGCCGCUCUGAGAAGCUGAGCUCCACAGAGGAGGUGAUAGCCGCCGGUCGGGGAGUUUGCUGCGGCUACUCCAACCUUUGUAUGGAGAUGUGCAGAGAGGUGGGCAUCGAGUGCCAGGAAGUGCCAGGCCACAGUAAGGGCAUCGGGUACCGUCAGGGCCAGAGUCUCAAGCACGUGAAAUCCGAUCACCUGUGGAAUGCUGUGCUUCUGGGGCGACAGUGGUUCCUACUGGACGCUUGUUGGGGAGCAGGGCGAGUGGACAUGGGACAUGAAAGCUUUGUCAAAAGGUUGGACGAUUUCUAUUUCCUGACGGACCCCGAAGAGUUCAUCGAUUCGCACUUCCCCGAUGAGGAGAAGUGGCAGCUCCUGGACGCCCCCAUCUCCCUGGAGGAGUUUGAGAGGAGGGUCUUCAAGACGUCAGCCUUCUUCACCCUGGGGCUCAGUCUGAUUCAGCCUCACCAGUUUCAUAUUGUCACAGAUGACGGCGAGGCAAACGCGUCCCUCGGCUUCUCCAGGCCAACGACUUUUACCUAUGAGAUCACGCAUCACCAGGACCUCCUCCACAGUGGCGCCUCAGAGCAAAAGGAAUCCAGCAGCUCUUCCUUCGGCCUCCUGACAGUUUCCCAUCGGAGCAUGAAGCUGCAGCUGCUGCCUCCUGCAAGAGGAACGUACGACGUGAAGGUGUUUGCCAGACCUGAAGCUGCUACCACACCUCUGGUCUGGGUGUGCUCCUUCACCGUUGAGUGUCCAACCCCCAGGGCCCUGGAGGAGAUCCCAGACAACCCCUUCCUGUCUUGGGGGCUUCAGCCUGUUGCGGGAUCGCUGGGAGUUGCAGGCAGCAGUCAGGGCAGCGAGGUCGCUGAAGUGAAAGAAGGCGUCUUUGACUUGUUCCUGAAAACCUCCAGGCCUCUGAUGGUGCUCUGUGAACUGGUCCAUCCAGACAUGGAUGCGGCUGUAGCCAAGCGCUGCCUGGUUACCCAGAUUCAGCCGGACGUCCUGACCUGCCACGUCCUGUGUCCCAUGCACGGCUUCUACCGGCUGUCGGUGUUCGUGCGGGACUACGAGAAAACAGACGUCAAGUUCCAGAACGCCGCGAACUUCCUGCUGCACUGCAAAGGGAAGGUGGUGGGUCCGGAUGAGUUGUUCCCCCCAACCGUGGGCUCAGCGUGCGGGCCGGGUACUCGGACAUCCGAGGCCGGGUUGACCAAAUUCAGCCACACGGCCGCAGUGGUGAGCACCCAGCAAGGCAAGUGCAACAUCACCUUCCACAACCAGAGGGAUCUGGAGCUCCACAGUGUGCUCAGCAGAGAAGAGCACAAAACACCAGCUUUUCCGCUCUCGCGCUACCUGUUCUGCACGUACACCGACACCAAGGUGACAGUGAGCAUCACCCUGCCCGACGCCGGGGUGUAUCGGCUGGGUCUCUACGCCAGGAUCGCCCCCGGUGGAGAUUUCAGUCCCAUGUGUGACUUUGUUCUGAGGAACAGCUGCGAUCAGCCGGGGCCUCCGUUCCCCUGCGUCUAUUCAGCCUGGAGGAAAGGCUGCGUGCUCUUUGAGCCUCGCGUGGGCCAACUGGAGGCCCUCUCCUGGGUGCGCUUCAGAGUGCGGGUGCCCGGGGCCCAGAGGGUGAGCGUGGUGGGAGAGACGCGAACUGAUCUGAAACUGAACAAGAGCAGGGUGUGGGAAGGCGAGGUGCACACCGGAACCGGCGUGGAGCAGCUGAAACUGGCCGCCUCCUUGGAGCAAUCCAGCGACAUGACCGUCCUCAUGACCUUCGACGUCAAGCAGCCGGAGAGAGAAGAGUGAAAAUCGAGAGGCCGUCGAAACGAAGACGCCGAUACGGACUAAUGCAAAUCGGACUGGUGUUGAAAAACAUUUGCAAACAAUUCAAACUGUGAUCCGUCAUCCUUCCUUUAACUCCAUCACCUCAAUACACUUUAACGCCGGCACAAUAAAGUGGAUGAAAAGUGAUUUUAAAACCCUGUCAAUGUGUAAACUUUUUAGCUACUGUACAUAGCGAUAAAAAACGAGAGCAGACUCACUCAUGGCAUUACUUUGAAAGCUGUCGUUUAAUCCAGGUAGUGGUCGGUGCUUAAGCUCCUGUGCUCAGCUAUAACUCACAGAUCGAGAGUGCAUUAUAAUUUUUAAGAGAAGCAAAUCUGGAUUUUUGAAAAUUAUGUUUGUGUGCAAUAAACUAAAUAUGUUAAGUC